AUGAGUGGUAACGAGCACGAUGAUUUUGAUGACUUGGAUGACCUUUUGGAUGAAGACCCAAGCAAACUAGAUGAAUUCGAUCCGGAAAAUCAACAAACAGAACAAUAUGUGGGCAACGACAGUGGAAACAAAGAAAGAAGCGCCAGAGAUAAAGGUGGUGAUAGUUCAGGGGCAGGUAAUACGUCUGAAGAAGAUCCGGAAUUGAAAGAAAUGAUGACAGAUUUACAACAUGAAUUUGCAAAUUUAAUGAAACAAAAUGGUAAUGAGAAUUAUGCCAAGACAGAAGACUUUAACAAGCUAGUGAGUGCUCUAGAGGAGGCUACCAAGAUUCCUCGUGAAGGCUCUGAUUUGGCUUCUAAUGAUUUGAAAACCGAUAAUAAUGUUAAGGGGUCUGUCAGUGGAAACAGUCCAGGGUUCAAAAGCAUCGUCUCAAAUACACUGGAUAGGCUAAAAGACAACGGUAAUAAAGUAGACACAUCACUAGCAGAAGAAAGUAAAGAAUCCAAACGCAGUGGUCAAAACAGUAAUGUAGAUGACAUAUUGUCACAAUUGCUAGACCAAAUGGUUGCAUCCGGAGGAAAUGACAAUGGAGAUGAUCAAUUUGACGUAAAGGACGGCGAAAUGGAUGAUGCGAUAACGAAGAUACUUGAUCAAAUGACGUCGAAGGAAGUGCUGUAUGAACCCAUGAAGGAGAUGCGUAGUGAAUUUGGGACAUGGUUUCAAGAAAACGGCGAAAAUGAAGAACAUAAGGAGAAGAUAGAUGUUUACAAGAGACAAUUUGAUAUAGUAAAGCAAAUUGUAGGUAUUUACGAGUUAAAGGAUUAUGAAGAAUUAAAGCAUAAAGAUCGUGUUACCGAAUUGCUAGACGAACUAGAACAAUUGGGUGAUAACCCUAUUAGAAGUGGAAACAGUCUUUUAAAGAGUGGGAACGAAGAGGAGGAUCUCAUGAAAAUGUUAGAAGUCGAUGGCAAUGAUCCUAAUUUGGGGAACCUCGAUAAGGAAUUGGCUGAUGGUUGUAAACAGCAAUAA